AUGAAUUCGGCCUUACGACUGGUUAAGCCCAGUAUGGGAGAGUACCACGUAUUGAAAACUGGAGAAUAUCGCGUGUCCUUAACAACUUCCUCCGCUGCUAUGACCCUUAUACAUGGUGGAUUAUCCAGUAGGAAGCCCGUUUGUUCAGUCGUUGUGUACGACUCUGAGACCCCCAUUUGCUCGGUUGUCCCUCUAACCGUCAAACUGGCUCUUACCGCUCAAACACCGGACCCCAAUACUUGGGCGCGGUGGGUUCCUCAACAGCAAAAUGCAGAUUACCCGAUGGUCGACCCGUCAAGCUUCAUGGAGUAUACCCAAGGCCAAACGAACACCGCGUCCAUGCCCCGAUCGUCUAUGCCUACCCAGUUCAUGGUAGGAAAUACGUAUACCGCCAUAACUCCUGUUACCAGCCCGCAGACACCGCAAUAUCCACCCAGCAAUCACUUCACGUUCGGUCCAUACACACCUCCGUCCCCUCCCAUCUUCCCAUCUUAUAAAAACUAUCAAGAGGAAUGUCAGCCUCCGUGUACGAUGCCAGCGGAUACUGGAGGAAUACCUGUUGGGUAUCAACGGGGUCCAUACCAAGCGCACCCGGCAGAGUCGGAAGAAAGGAUUCGGAUCAAGUACGAGUCACAGGUGGAUAUUCAGCGAUCCCCCUCUCCAUCUCCUCCCCUUACAUCCAAGACCGUUGCCCGGAAUGUCCCCGAAGAUAGGGCUCGCGAGGUGGUUUUCCACAGCGAAAUAGAUACUAUGAUGAAAGCCAUUCAGUUGAAGAGCGAGCCUACCAAUGAAUUUGACUCUGGAGUGUCUUCUUACCCUUCCCCUCCGCACCAGGACGAAGAGAAGUUCAACUUGCGCAGAAAGCCUUGUAGCCCGGAAAAGAGGAGCCCUACAAUCGGCCGCGGCGGAAAGGACCGUCAGAAGCGUUAUGUUUGCGAUUUCAAGGGAUGUGGGAAACGAUGUGCCCAGAAGACUCAGCUGGAAACCCACAAACGGGCCCAUACUGGAGAAAAGCCCUUUAUAUGCGAAGAGCCUGGGUGUGGCCUAGGGUUCAGCCAGAGAGGCAACCUGAAGUCACAUAUCCGGCAACACACUGGAGAGAAGCCAUACCGGUGUGACAUCUGCCAAAAGGCUUUUGCUCAGCUAGGGAACGUGAAGCCACAUAGGAAUACGCACUUCCAAACAAAGCCUUUUGUGUGUCUGCUUGACGGAUGCCAUAAGACUUUCAGCCAGCGGGGGAACUUGAAGACUCACCACAACGCUUAUCACACAGAAACCAUUAAGAGACUUACGCAGAGGUUCAAAAACAUGUCCCAUAGCGAAGAGCUCUCGGAAGAGGAAACAAAGAUGUUCAAACACUUCGCCGAGUUAUAUAAGAACCUGAACAAGGGCAUCAAAGGCCGAGGACUCAGAAGCAAGGACAAAUGUGCCCGAAGAAGCCAGAGCUCGGUGACGCCGGGCCUUUCACAAUCCUAUGCUUCCCAGACUCCACCACUUGCUGAGCAGAAUCACAUGUAUCAGCUGCGUUACGCUGCGCCAGAUGGCCUCCCGUACGCCGAGAACUAUAGCGACUGCGGAAUGUCUAGAGACGGCCUUCCAAGUAAUAUGGUAGUCCCUCGCGAUCAACACCCUGCUUAUGGACAGUACGAUAUGGAUCAAGCGAGUAUUGCUGCUAGCGAAACCACUACCGCUUCUAGCAGUCCCAGCAUUAUGCACGAGGACCAGUACAGUCGUGCAUUCGCUACUCACCAUAGGGGAUAUUAG